AUGGCAGGGGAAACAAUUCAACAAUGGUUCUCGGAUAUCGACAUCAACUACGACUCUAUCCCGUUUAUUGUAUACUCCGUACUCAUAAUAUCGGUAAUAUCACUGGUAGCCAUAUGGUGGUUGCUCCGUAUCACCGAUCUACCACCUGGACCACAAAAUGGUCCAAUCACGUGGAUUAAGCUUACGUUUAGUAAGAAAUACGCCAAUAAUCGAUUUAAUGAUUGGUGUAAAGAGUACGGCGAUCUAUUCAGAGUACGCAUGGGAACCAAACACGUGGUCGUACUAAACAGCGUCGAUGUAAUCAAGGAAUGCUACAUAAAACACCAAGAUGCGUUUUCAGAUAGACCCAAAUGGUGGCCAGCUACACGCCUCAAUCAAGGACUAGCUCUAGGAACCAGGCCUUAUGGAAAGGCAUGGAUGCGACAACGUGCUUUCACCUCGAAUGUUUAUCGAAACUCUGGACAAAGUAGAAACGUCACAUUGGAAGAAUCCAUUCAACAAGAGGUAGUCAAUUUCAUUGGUGCUUUGAAGAAAAUGAGAGGGGAAGCUUUUCAUCCAAAUCAACUUUUUUGGAAGCCGUCUGUUAACGUCAUUAGUAAUAUUAUGUUCAACAAUCAGUUUGAUUACCGAAAUUAUUUUUUUGAGAAAAUCAUACAAAGAUUGAAUGAAUUUGACGUAGAACUGAAACGCAGUGAACCAAUCUUUACCUAUAUCCCGUGCAUGUGGUACUUCAUGCGAAGCAGAAAAAACGCGUUAAAAGUAUCUUAUAAUAAUCUGACCGACUCCUUUUCCAAGAUCAUUGAACAACAAAGAAGUACAUAUCACAAUGACGUCAUCCGACAUGGUUUUGAUAUGUUCUACCGUGAAGUUAAAAAGAAAGAGAACAGAGAAAGAAGUGUGUUCGAAUCAGACAGACGAUACAACGACAGCUUUCUCCAUUCAUUUGUCGAGCAAUUCUACACCGGCGCUACACCGAUGGCGAAGGCAAUGGAGAAUAUUUUUAUGCAAGUGGCACAGCGACCGGAAUUACAAGAAAAGAUUGCCAAGGAAGUAAAAGAAGCCGUGGGUCAAGAUAAAACACCAACUGUGGACGAUCUGGACAAUUUACCGUUGACCAAUGCAACUGUACUGGAAAUCUUAAGAUGCUAUCCCGUAGAAAGUUACUGCUGGCCAAGACAUGCAAAUCAGUCAAUACCUAUGAAUGAAUGCACCAUUCCCAAGGGUGACGUCAUUUUAGCUAAUUUGAAUGGUAUCCUUAGAGAUCCGAGAUACUGGAAGAACCCGGAUGAGUUCGACCCCAACAGACACAUUGAUAAGACUUCCGGUAAACUGGACGUCAACCAAGCAUUAUUGCCGUGGUCUAUAGGACCACGUAAAUGUGUUGGCGAGAUAGUUGCCAGGACAACGAUGGUAAUUAUGUUGGCGGCUGUAAUUCAGAAGUUUGAGAUCCGACCACCGAAAGAAGGUUGCUUCCGAUAUGUAAUGAACGGUUUCAAAUCAGCAGUCCUUCGCUGUAAAAGAAAAGUCACUAAAAUAUGCGCCCUCGCGAGGGUGAUUGAGGAGAAUGGUAAACAAAUAGAUAAAGAACCAAGUGAUGCAAGUGUCAUUGUAAAGAAUUCUGAUGAGGAACUUGAGAAGAUAAAACAGUUACAAGAUGCUGCUAGCGAGAGUCAGAAAUUGAAUACUGAGGGGGCAGACAAUGCGAAAGAUGGCGCGGAGUCACGUGACAACGAAACGUUGGAUGUGAAGAAAGUUGAAAAGUUGGCAAACGGAGAAGAUGAAAAUAUACCAGGGGAAUCAGAUAGCGCAGAGUUAACUGAAAAUCAGACUGCAGAGAACGAAACAACUACAGAACCAAUCCAAAAAUGUGAAGAGACGACCGAUGAAUACAUUGAACGAAAAGGAUGGAGAUGUGACGUGAUGUGAAUGGCGUGACGUCAUGAUGUGAGACACGGCAUGACGUAAUGUGUCAUGGCGUGGCAUAGUGAGACGUGACGUGCAUGUCGUCAUGUCGUGUGAUGUGAUGUAUUUGUUUUAAAUUAUCGUUUAGGUAUAGUGGUAUUGUAUUUAUCCCAUAUAUCAUAAAAACGUGGGAUAAAACAAUGUAAAUAAUUGUCGAUAUCGCCAUAAUUUGCAAUGCAAAUCCUAGUAACUUGAUUGGUCCAUGACAUCUUACUAACAAUCUUCAAAAUACAUACAAUAUCUUAAUUUGUUGAUUGUUUUACACUAGAUUUCCUGAUUUAUUUUCACGAAUUAUAGAUAUUGGAAUAUUUCUGGUAGUUACAGAUGUCAGUUAAAAUGUGUCUUAUAAAUCCUCAUAUACACAAAUCACUAUUUACAACUCCACGAACUUGAACUUGUCUUGCACUGCAAGUUUAUUUCACCAAUGUCUAGCUUCCAAGGACUGUUUGAAGGCCAUUAAUCAAAUUUACUCAAAAAUUAGUAAUAAUAUGAGGUUAUUACAUCAUGGGAAUGCCGAAAUCCAUUUUUUUUGUAUAUGGUAGGCUGAAAAUAACCCGUAAAAUACCGCAAAAUUACGGCACGCUGUGACAGAGUUAUAAUAAUUAGUAAAUAUCCCCGAAAGCGUAAAUUAAAUUUAAACAUAUUUGACCGCGUGAAGAUAAACUGAAUAGGUAUUCACCGACAAGCGAUCAUUUACGCAAAUGCGACAGGACUCUCUACGAAGUCGAUGUGAAACGGAUAUUCAAAUUCAUGACCCCAAAAUAUUAAAUUCAUUGAAUUAUUCAUUUAUUUAUUAUGUUUAGUUAGUAUGAUUCGGGAGGUAAUAAUGUAGUCUUUGUUGUAUGGAAUUUUAUAUUGUAGUUGAUUUACAUUGCGACGUUACACUGACUGAGUUAAGAUAUGGUGUAAUUGAUGUCUUUUUCAACUUUGUUUAAAGGGCGGUGGUCUUCGCGCUGCGUCGUGCUAGAUAUGGAACACAUAGCCACAACUCGUGUAAUGUACACUGUUUAUACGAAAUUCGUACGCACACUACGCGACGACAAUCGUCACCAUUUACGUUUAUCACCAUUUACAUUAUCUAUGUUAAAGCGGGAGGGCCGUCACAUGCGCACGCGCGGGAAUUGAGUCCCAUGCGAUGAUAACAACACACGCUAAAACGCAAAGGCUCAUGGGUAGACGCUUGUUUGUAAACAAUGAUACGCCAUCUGACGCAUGCGCAUGUGACGACUCCCCCGCUUUGAAAAAGUAUUUUAUCAAACAGUAGUAUUUAUCAAAAUUUUCUAAUAACUCGUAACAAGUGCCCAUUUUAUAACUAUAUAUAUGAUACUGUAGGUAACCAAACGAAAUAUUGAGAUAUAAUGUAAAAAGUUUUUCAAAAGAAACACAAAAGUUUGAGGACAGCAUAUUUCAAUUUUUCGAAUGCUGUG